UUUAACUCUCAUUCCAUAAAUAUAAUUGAAAUUUGUGGUCAUAAGUGCAUAUGUUAAUAAUAAUGUGAUUUUUAACUGAACUCAUCAUUGAAUCUACUCUUCACACAUUCCCAUAAUUAAUGUAAUAUCUGAAGAAUUCAGUAAAACGACUGAAGCAUAAAUUUUUACAAAUCCAAUUUAAUUUAGGGCCUGCAGAAAAAAUUGCCGCAUUAUACAGUGCAAGUGACAAGACUCUGGGAUUUUCCCAAAAAGUUCCAUUUCUAAGGAAUCAGUAUUAAAUCAAGAUGAAUAUUUUAGCAUUGGUGACACAUUGAAAGACAAACAGUUUAGUAAAUUUAAUCAACCAAGGGGUCCAUCGGGUUCAGUGUCGUCUUAUUCUAAGGAGAGUAUGGGAGAAUUUAGUGAUAGGCAGAUACAAAUGCCAGAUCUACAAGAUAAAUCGAGUUUUGAAAUAGAAAUAAGGCAAAAGAGUGAGUUAAAAAAUUCAAUACAACCACAAAAGAGUGACCACAUGUUAAAGCAAGAAAUUAAUCAUUGCCAACAACUUCUAUUGGAACAUGAAAAAACAAUAGCUAGUCAGUGUACAGAAUUGGAAAAGUUGAAGCAAGAACAUGAAACCACAAGUCGACAUUUUGCGACUCUAGAAUUAGCUUUUUCUGAUGUUUUGCAAAAGUAUGACAGAAGUAAAAUCAUAGUUGAUGGCUUUAAAACAAAUGAAGAGGCCUUAACUCAGAAUCUCCAAAUAGCAGAAGAGAAACUUAAGCAAAAUGAGGCUAAAUAUGAGUCAUUAAAAACUUAUGCCAAAGCCCAAAUUGAAAAAUGUAAUGUAGAAAUAAUGAAUGUUAGAGAAAAGUAUGAGUUUGAAAGCAGCAAGCUAAGAGCACUCAUUAAGAGGUUGGAAAUUAAAUGUUCCUCAUUAGAGACUUCAUUAAAUCAAAAAACAGAAGAAUGUCAACAGCUGUCUGAACUAUGUGAUGACAUUACUGGUAAGCAGGUAUAAAAACUGUCCAUGUU